AUGGAUAAUGAUACAAGAACAAUAGCUGAAAAAAUGAGCUCUACAGGAACUGAAAAGCAAAAUAUUAAUGCAAAGGACAUAGGUGCUACACUUGAGAUUGCAACGGGGGAUAAUCACAUUGGUGAGACAACUAAAAUACAUGAUGCAGCUACAACAACAAUGCAUAUUUCCAAUCCGGAGCUAGAUAAAAUGGUAAAGAAUGCCCAAGCAGCUAUGUUGAUGAACACAACAUCAAAAAAUUGGCAACCACAAGCUCCAGGCAGUAGCACACAACAAAAGUUUUCCAAGAACACAAGUGGUCGACUUAUUGUUUCGCAGGACAUUGUUCCUGUCUAUGCGCACAAGCCCGAGCCAGCUGCCGCAGAUAACCUGCAUGGCCACUCCCAAGAUAGGAGCUAUCCGCCGUAUAAUCAUAGUUCUCAGUCAACAAGUGAUCCCUCUCGGUUCAUCAGAACGUUUGCUAGUCCUGUCAACUCCUUCCGUAGUGAUCAUCUGAGUACUGGCAUUGAUUUUGACUCUAUGUAUGAUCUACUUGAUCUUGAUCAUCAUCUGAGUACCGGCUCUGAAUUUGACUCUGUGUAUGAUCUAACUGAUCCUGAGGAGGGUGUUAUAUUGAAGUAUUUGAAAACAAGAAUACAUCGUGCUCCUGUGCCCAAAGAUGAAGUUAACCCCAUGAAAACUGAAGUAAUUACCGAUAAAGAACCAGAAAUUUGUUCUAUAUGCCAAGCUGAAUAUGAAGACGAAGAGACCAUAGGGACACUUCAGUGUGGGCAUGAGUAUCAUAUGGACUGCAUCAAACAAUGGAUAAUGAGGAAGCAAGAUUGUCCCAUGUGCAGAGCUUCAAUUUUUCCUUCACAACAUUAA